AAUUAUUGCUGUGAAAUUGUAUGUACAGCAAAUUACAUACUUUCAAUAUUGAAUGAACUUGGUCGUUUUACUUAAAAUAAGAUAACAGUUGUUGCACAGUAAGCAAAUUGGUGUUAAUUUUUACUAUUUUGCAACACAAUGGAUAAGCUUCAUAAUUAUCAGGGAAUAGAAGGACGAUUUCAUCAAUGCAGAGACAACAUUAAAGAAUUUUACGAGGACUUCCAUGCCAAAAAAUCAGUCAAUUUAGUUGAUAUAGUCAAAAAACAGCUAAAUGGAAACACGAGUGCCAAUAAAGACUUUAGCCAUGUAUUUAGAACAAAGACAAGAACCGAAUUAGUCAGAGUUUCUGCGGCUGUUAUGGGUAUCGAGUUCUCAUAUGCAGCCGAAACAGCAUUUGUUUCCCCAACACUUUUAAAAAUUGGAGUUGAGCAUCAGCAUAUGACACUCGUUUGGGCAUUAUCUCCAUUAGUUGGAUUUUUUUUAUGUCCAAUUUUGGGAUCUUUAUCUGAUCGCUGCAAACUGAAUAUUGGACGACGACGACCAUUCAUUCUUCUUCUAUCAAUUGGAGUCAUUUUUGGUCUUCUUUUGGUUCCAAACGGCGAAGCCUUAGGAUAUUGGCUAGGAGAUGAUAAUUUCCAGUCGCAAGAUAUGUUAGAUAUGUCAGAAAUAAACAGUUUAAAAAAUAUCACUUCCAUUUCCAAUUCGCGACCGCAGUCUUCCCAUUCUUGGGGAAUAUUUUUUACCGUUUUGGGAACUGUACUCCUUGACUUUGAUGCUGAUGCUUGUCAAAGUCCGGCCAGAGCUUAUUUGUUGGACGUAUGUUUACCAGAAGAUCAAGCAAGAGGCCUAUCCACGUUCACCAUAAUGGCGGGACUAGGAGGUUUUUUUGGUUAUUCAAUGGGAGGCGUUAACUGGGAUGAAACAGAAAUCGGACGACGAUUGGGUGGGCACGUGAAAGCAGUAUUUUCUAUAAUAACAAUUAUUUUUAUUGCAUGUGUGACAUUUACAUUAACGAGUUUUGCAGAAAUUCCUCUUUGGGUACUAGCAAACAAGGAUACUAAGAAUUGUGGAGGUAAAAUGGCACUGUCAAAAUCAUACGGUGCUUGUGAUGAUGAUAAGACGAUAAAUUGUACGGACGAUAAUAAGCAGGUCACAACUGAAGAUGACAAUCCAAACAUCAGUCUAGCUUAUGGACUUGUUGACGACACGAGUUUUACCGAGGAUUCUGAAACCAUUCAAGAAAAUGCAUGUACACAAAACGGAGAUUCAGAAAAUGCCCAAAAUACAAUGGAAGUGGAAUCUCUGAGUCACUAUUUACUUUCUAUUGUUUACAUGCCGUUGUCAUUAAAAUUGAUUUGCGUGACAAAUCUUUUUUGUUGGAUGGCGCACGUUUGUUAUUCGCUAUACUUUACGGAUUUUGUUGGCGAAGCUGUUUUUAAAGGAGAUCCCAAGGCCACUCUAGGCUCCCUUCCCCAGAAACGUUAUGAAGAAGGAGUACGUUUUGGUUGCUGGGGCAUGGCCAUGUACUCCUUAUCAUGCUCUUUUUACUCGCUUGCAAUUGAAUAUCUUAUUAGGCGAUUUAGGGCUAAAACGGUUUACGUUGGAGGACUUCUUGUCUAUUGCAUUGGAAUGGCUUUAAUGGCUUUAACUAGAGCCAAACUUAGUGUGAUAGUUUUUAGUUGGACAGCAGGUAUUAUGUACUCUACACUAUUCACAAUGCCUUAUCUUCUUGUGGCUCACUAUCACAAUGCUUCUACGCUUCCUCUGAGAGCUCCCCAAUCGAUACCAACGCGUGAUCUUUCACCUUCGGUCCAUGAAUUAAAAUUUUAUGAAGUGUAACUGGGAAAUAGUACCAUGGAUAAAUUUUGAUUAAUCGUUCUGCAGUACCAAAUGGUUAGACUUUAAAAAAGAUAAAAUUCUUUAAUGUGAAUAUACAAAAUUUUACACACAACACAAAUGACAAGAACACAACAGCGGCACAAACAUAAAGGAAUAGUAGUGAUAGCGUCAUAACUUAUUCAUGACAAUACACAAAACGGUCACAUACGUGAAGAAAACACGGAUUAUACUGAAAUUGGGGGGUUUUGGGGGCAACAUAGCUAAAACUUAAGCUAAGCAUAGAAAAAACGUUCACAAAAUACACAAAACAAUUAGUUCAAUUAAAAUGUUUUCACAGGACAAAAUGACAUGCAGUUUAUUAUAAAAAACAACAUAAAAAAACAAUACCUUCAACUUUAAAAUCCAUUUUAAAUCAAUUUAGUCGCAGCACAAUAGCAAAAGUUUGACCACUGAACAGUACAAUUUUAUUUUGAAAAUAGCUGACAGACUGCUCACUACUUUGAGGAAUUUUUCUGAAAGUCCCGUUACAUAUUUAGCAAAAACCGGUUCGCCACUUAGAAGUUUGGACUUUUUAGAGACAGUUGUCAAAUACUUUGCAAAAAUUUGUUAUGAUGGAUUUUUUGAUUUUUGGUCGCGUCCGUAGGUCAGUGUGGUCUAUUGGUUCCCAUUGCAUGGGAAAAGCGUCAAAAAAUACUUCUUGUUAAUGUAGACACUUGAAACUUAGCACAAAAUUUUAAAAUUAGCAAAAUUAUAUGAAAAAACAAGCCUGAUCGGACCACUAUAUCAUAUAGCU